CCGGCAGAAAUCACGAUGUCGACUGGUACACUUUACACUUACCCCGAGAACUUCCGCGCGUACAAGGCGCUGAUUGCCGCCCAGUACUCUGGCGCAAAGGUGAAAGUGGCCGAUAACUUCAAGUUUGGUGAAACCAACAAAUCGGCAGAAUUUCUGAAGAAAUUCCCCAGCGGCAAGGUGCCAGCAUUUGAGACCGCUGAUGGCAAAUACCUGAGCGAAUCGAAUGCCAUUGCUUACUUCUUGGCCAGCGAGCAACUGCGAGGUGGCAAGUGCCCCUUCGUCCAGGCCCAAGUUCAGCAAUGGAUCUCGUUUGCUGACAACGAAAUCGUGCCUGCCUCCUGCGCACUGGUGUUCCCCCUGCUAGGAAUCUUGCCACAGCAGAGGAACUCCACUGCCAAGCAGGACGUGGAAGGUGUCCUGGCACAGCUCAACCAGAAACUGCUCAAUGUCACCUACCUCGCCGGCGAGCGCAUCACCCUUGCCGACAUCAUUGUUUUCAGCAGCCUGUUGCAUCUGUACGAGUACGUCCUGGAGCCGACUGCACGCGCCGAGUUCGGUAAUGUGAACCGUUGGUUCCUCACCAUCCUGAACCAGCCACAGGUCCAGGCUGUGGUCAAGGACUACAAGCUGUGCGAGAAGGCCUUGGUCUUCGACCCCAAGAAGUACGCCGAAUUCCAGGCCAAGCAAGGCGGUGGCAAGCCCCAGCAGCAGCAGAAGCCAAAGGAAGAGAAGAAGCCCAAGGAGAAGAAGGAGGCUGCGCCCAAGAAGGCCGCCGAACCCGAGGAGUUGGAUGCCGCCGAUGAGGCCUUGGCUCUGGAGCCAAAAUCCAAGGAUCCCUUCGAUGCCUUGCCCAAGGGCACCUUCAACUUUGACGACUUCAAGCGCGUCUACUCCAACGAGGAGGAGGCCAAGUCCAUCCCGUACUUCUUCGAGAAGUUCGACCCCGAGAACUACUCGAUCUGGUUCGGAGAAUACAAGUACAGCGAGGAGCUGUCCAAGGUGUUCAUGUCGUGCAAUCUCAUCACUGGCAUGUUCCAGCGCCUCGACAAGAUGCGCAAGCAGGCCUUCGCCUCCGUGUGCCUCUUCGGUGACGACAACAACAGCACCAUCUCCGGUGUGUGGGUCUGGCGCGGACAGGAACUGGCCUUCCCCCUGUCGCCCGACUGGCAGAUAGACUACGAGGUCUACGACUGGAAGAAAUUGGAUGCCAAGAGCGAGGAAACCAAGAAGCUCGUCACCCAGUACUUCUCCUGGUCCGGCACCGACAAGGGUGGCCGCAAAUUCAACCAGGGCAAGAUUUUCAAAUAAGCAUAAAAACCCCAACACCAACAGCCACACAGCAGCAACAAUAAAAUUUGAGAUUCAAAAUGCAGCAAAA